GGCUUUACUCUGGUGUUAUGUUUUUAAAGACAUGUGCCUCGGUUGCUUGUUGCAGCUGAGAGAGUGGAGGUUGAUCUUGGUUGAUCUGGGUUGUGAAGGUGGAGAAAUGCAACCAACUGACUCGCUCUUUGUCUCCACCAUCUUUCAGUUCGUGAUGUAUGACUUGCCCAAGGACUUCAAAAUCAACACUGAAGAAGAGUUCCAGACCACAUUCAUCGAUGUUGUUAUCACGAAUCCAUACCAAGGAAUUAUAAAAUUCUGGAUCAAUGGACUCAAUGGUAGAGGAAGCGUUGAUUGCCCUGCUGGACAACAUGAGCUCUCUCCCCUUGCCAAUGCUGGAACAGCUGCAACCGCUCGGAGUUGGGCCGCUGCCAUGUUGUGGUACGUGUGUUGUGGUCUACAUAGUAGAUGCGCCCACGAGGGUCCCUUCGAAUUUCCCAACCAGGUGGCAAAGGCUGAGGACGCUCCCAGGAAGUACUGCGAGUGUUGUGGUCUACAUAAUAGCGCCGCCCGUAAACAUCAUACCGCAUCUCCCACCUGCAAAAAAGGAACUCCAUUAGUUGAGCUCACAAUUCUCAUCCUGGUUAGCACCCAGAAAACCUUUUCCUCAAUAACUGAAUUUACUCACCCCACGGGUAGGGGUUCUUCAACGGCCGAGGAUCUGCUGGACGCCUGGUCGCCUGCUGGCGCUGGCAUCGCGGGUGGGGCUGCAGGUGGGGUGGCUGUCCCGUUCACCAUGGGAGCAGUGGCAGGCCAAUGCCAGCAGAAGGCCUGUGGUUUGGAGAAGUGGAGGCUACAAGCUACAUUAACCCCUGAAGCUGCACGUGCUGUGCUGCUCUCAAAUGGAUCACUGCAGUCAUGUGGAAUGCAUCCUAUGAUGUUCAUGGUUUUCAAAAACUAUAUCUACCCGCCAUUUCCUGAUUUCCGAGGUGCGCAACAACCCAGCUCUCAGCCAGCGACAACUCACCUGGGAGCACUGCAGGGCCAGACGCACUGUGAGGGGCAGGGCCUGGCGGUGGCAGCGCUAUGGGGUGCGAGGGAGGCAGCUGAUGCACUCCAGAGUUGCGGAGGGAGGCCGGAGUGC